AUGCGGUGGUUAUUAUCAGGCGGACUGUCCGCGCUCUUCGCCUUGACCGCAACAUGUUGGCCGUAUGAUGAGUCUCUGUUGCAGUACAACCUUAAUCAAAACAAGACGGCGACGAAUCCCACCGACUACUGGGGAGAAUGGCCAAAUCAUGUUGGGAAAUACCACAAAUCCCCAGAUAACUGGCGAUUCCCUUUCUACACUCUCUUCCUGGAUCGCUUCGUCAACGGAGACCCCACCAACGACAACAUCAACGGCACACAGUUUGAACAUGACCUCAAUUCAAAUCAAAUGCGCCAUGGAGGCGAUGUUGCCGGUCUUGUCGAUACCCUGGACUACCUUCAGGGAAUGGGAAUCAAGGGUCUUUAUCUCGCCGGUACCGCCUUAAUGAAUCAGCCUUGGGGUUUCGACGGCUACUCUGCUCUGGACACCACCUUGCUGGAUCAGCACUAUGGUACUCUCCAGGUUUGGCGCGAUGCGAUUACCGAAAUCCACAAGCGUGGCAUGUACGUCGUGUUCGACAACACGAUCGCAACCAUGGGCGACUUGAUUGGAUUCGACGGCCAUCUCAAUACUACGACGCCUUUUUCCGAGAAAGAAUACAAGACCCAGUGGAAAAGCGACCGCCGUUACGUCGAUUUCGACAUUGGAAACUCAUAUAACGACUCUUGCAACUACCCUCGAUUCUGGUUUGAGAACGGAUACCCUGUCAACGAGACCCAAACCUCGGCUUUGGUCGGCUGCUAUGAUAGUGAUUUCGAUCAAUACGGUGAUAUCGAGGCUUUCGGCGUGUACCCCGACUGGAAACGCCAGCUUGCCAAGUUCGCAUCCGUACAGGACCGUCUUCGUGAAUGGAACCCGUCUGUCCGCGACAGAUUAAUUCGCCACUCCUGUAUGGUGAUUGCCUCUCUGGAUAUCGACGGUUUCCGAUACGAUAAAGCUACACAAGCAACGGUCGAAGCCCUUGGGGAGAUGUCAGCAGCCUACCGCGAAUGCGCUCGUGCUGUGGGCAAGGAGAAUUUCUUCAUCGCUGGUGAAAUCACUGGUGGAGAUGCCUUUGGAUCUAUCUACCUUGGACGUGGCAGACAGCCAAACCAGCUACCGGAUAGCUACAUCGAGUCGAUGAAAUUGACGAACGAGUCCGAUUCGCAAUACUUCCUUCGUGAGAUUGGUCAUGAAGCGAUUGACGGAGCCGCCUUCCACUACUCGAUUUACCGUAUCCUCACACGCUUCUUGGGAAUGGACGGCCAGCUGUCCGCCGGCUUCGAUUUGCCUGUUGACUGGGUCCAGGCUUGGAAUCAUAUGAUGCAAUCGAACGACCUCAUCAACCCGAAUACCGGAAAGUUUGACCCGCGGCACAUGUUUGGUGCAACCAACCAGGAUGUCUUCCGUUGGCCUGCAAUUCACCAUGGUAUCGAAAGACAGCUUCUGGGCUCCUUUAUCACUACUUUGCUUCUGCCCGGCAUUCCGCUGAUGCUCUGGGGUGAGGAGCAGGCUUUCUAUGUCCUCGAUGCAACUGCCUCGAACUAUAUCUACGGACGUCAAUCAAUGUCACCUGCUACAGCUUGGAGAACCCACGGCUGCUUCGAGUUGGACUCGUCCCAGUACUACAAGUGGCCUAUCGAGGCUGGUCGCCUCGGAUGUCAUAACGAGUCUGUCGCCUACGACCACCGCGACCCGACGCACCCCGUCCGCAACAUCAUGAAACAUAUGUUUCAACUCCGCGAACAGUUCCCUGUUCUGAACGACGGUUAUACUAUUACGCAAUUGGCAAACAAUACCGAGAAUGUCUACUACCCCGGUUCCAAUGGCACAGCAACCGAGACUGGAAUUUGGUCUGUUGUCCGAGACGUCAAUGUCGAUAUCCAAGAUCUGGGCUCCGACUCUGCCAAUAAGCCCGUGUGGCUUGUUUAUCAAAACGUCAACCGCACAAUGGACUGGAAAUUUGAUUGUUCUGAUAACGAUACCGCCCUUAUUGCUCCAUUUGAUGCCGGCACUACAGUCAAAAACCUCUUCUAUCCUCACGAUGAAAUUAAGCUCGAGGCCAGUGCGAAAAAGCUUGGCUUGAACGGAUCAUCUGAGUAUAACGGCUGCGUUCCCAAGUUGACCAUGGAUGCUUAUGAAUUCCGAGCCUACGUUCCUCAAGAUCAGUUCAAAAAGCCUCGAUCCAUGGUGACGAAGUUCACCCCCGGCCAUGAUAUGCCAAUCAUCUCCACGGUAGCUCCCAAUGAGUCCGAGGACCUGGAUGUUGAGUUGUUCUUCUCGGAAGAAAUGGACUGUGAUUCCAUUACCAACAGUCUUUCCUUGAAGUCGUCCACUGAAAAUGGCAAGAUUGCAAAGAUCAACAAUUCGACCGUUAACUGCAAGACCAUCGACGCAACAGAAACCUCAUGGACGGCUCAGAUUCCCAGCGUUUUUGCGUGGACUGCCAAAUUGACUGGUGUCUAUAACGGAGUGCACCGAUUGACUCUAAAAAACGCAAGCAAUGUCCACGGAAAUUCCUCAACGGAUGCAGUCGAUCAUUUCCUGUUCAGAAUCGGCCAGAUUGAUAAUCCCAUGGUCUUUACAACUGCGAACUACUCAACCAGUCUUCUUCAUCAACAUGAGCACAACGGCACUCUCUUCAUCCAGCAUCACGCUGCUGGAGCUGACAAGUAUCGUUAUUCCACCAACUGGGGUACGACUUUCUCGGACUGGAUGACCUACAAUGGUGGAAAUGACACUAUUGAGACUCUUCCGUGGUCGGGUACCAAGAAGCAAAACUGGAAGGGCGAGCACCUGCGUGUGGAGUACUGGAGCAGUUUGACUGGAAGCAGCGAUUACAUGCAGGAGGGCGAUACAAACUGGUAUUCCGACGUCCCUCGACGCUACCCCCACGCGUUUUUCAACGGUCCAUACAAUCAGUACGGCUAUGACGCUGGUCUUGACAACGUGAUCGAGCUCGACACCAAAGAUGGAUACUGGAAGUAUCAUUUCACCUCCGAAUGGCCUGCGGUUGGACAGCUUAACAUCUGGGGCAUCAACCCAGAUGGAAAGCCUGACCAGAGCUGGGUUCUGGGUGAUGCUGAUGGCGAUAAAAUCUUGGAUCGCAUGCCUCCGUCUUCUCUCUCCGACACAGUCCUCAACAUCACCAAGCCACCACCAUCUCCUUACGUCUCCUGGAAGCUUUAUAUUAACGACGCGACUCAAAGCUACACCUUCAUUCCAGUCGGCUCUCAGACCCCCCAGAUCAUCAUGUUUGUUCUAUUCUGGAUCAUUCCGGUGCUCACUGGAGCUGCCUGUGUCUAUAUCUUCAUGAAGUCCUUCUACAAGGUCAAAUUCAAUGAGAAUGGAGUCACUGAGAAGUCGCGACUGGGCCCUAUGGUUUUUCUGAAGAAGCUGAAGCCCUCAGGCUCUACCGAGAAAGACUACGUCAAUCCUCUUAUGCGUCUCGCGAACAAGUCUGGUUUCAUGCAGAGCACUACGGCUCUAGGUGCAGCUGCCUCAGCAGCCAAGCGACGCAUGGUCCUCAUCGCAACAAUGGAGUACGAUAUUGAGGACUGGGCUAUUAAGAUCAAAAUCGGCGGGCUUGGUGUUAUGGCUCAGCUUAUGGGAAAGACUCUUGGCCACCAGGACUUGAUUUGGGUUGUACCCUGCGUCGGUGGUGUCGAUUAUCCAGUUGACCAGGAGGCAGAGCCCAUGACGGUGAAGAUCCUUGACAAGGAAUAUCAAGUCAAGGUUCAGUAUCACGUCUUGAAGAAUAUCACUUACGUCCUACUCGACGCCCCUGUCUUCCGUCAACAAUCGAAGUCUGAACCGUACCCAGCACGCAUGGACGACCUCGACAGCGCGGUUUACUACUCUGCUUGGAACCAGUGUAUCGCUCAAGCGAUCAAGCGUUUCCCUAUCGACCUCUACCACAUCAAUGACUACCAUGGAUCGGUCGCUCCUCUCUACCUUCUCCCAGAGACCAUUCCUGCUUGUUUGUCAUUGCACAACGCUGAAUUCCAGGGUCUCUGGCCAAUGCGCACCCAGAAGGAGAGACGCGAGGUCUGCUCCGUUUUCAAUCUUGAUGAGGAUAUUGCCCGCCGCUAUGUCCAGUUUGGUGAGGUCUUCAACCUGCUCCACGCAGGUGCCAGCUAUCUCCGUGUUCAACAACAGGGUUUCGGUGCAGUCGGUGUCUCUAAAAAAUAUGGAAAACGGUCUUAUGCUCGUUACCCUAUCUUCUGGGGUCUUCGCAAAGUUGGCAAUCUCCCGAAUCCUGAUCCUUCUGAUGUUGGUGAAUGGACUCGUCAACCCGCUAAGAACAAGGAUGAAGAUAUCCUAGUCGAUGCUGAGUAUGAGGCUAGUCGUGGUGAGCUGAAGCGUCAAGCCCAGGAAUGGGCUGGUCUUGAGCAAAACCCCGACGCCGACCUACUUGUGUUCGUUGGUCGCUGGUCGAUGCAGAAGGGUGUUGAUCUGAUCGCCGAUGCCAUGCCUGCUGUUCUGGAGGCACGACCUAAUGUGCAAGUGAUCUGUAUUGGUCCUGUGAUUGAUCUUUAUGGAAAAUUCGCCGCCCUCAAACUUGGUCGCAUGAUGGAGGUUUACCCUGGCCGUGUCUUUUCGAAGCCUGAAUUCACUGCUCUCCCGCCGUUUAUCUUCUCUGGUGCAGAGUUCGCUCUCAUCCCGUCCAGAGAUGAGCCUUUCGGCCUUGUUGCAGUCGAGUUUGGUCGUAAGGGAGCCUUGGGUAUUGGAGCCCGUGUCGGUGGCCUGGGUCAGAUGCCAGGCUGGUGGUACAACGUGGAAUCAACCUCGACCUCUCAUUUGCUGGUUCAAUUUAAGCUGGCUAUCGAGGCUGCUCUGAAUUCCAAGCAAGACACCCGUGCUAUGAUGCGUGCUAGAUCUGCCAAGCAGCGUUUUCCCGUUGCACAGUGGGUGGAAGACCUUGAAAUUCUGCAGUCUACUGCCAUUGCAGUCCACGAGAGAGAGGUUGCUAAGGGCCACGGACGUCCUCUGACCUCUUCUGGAACUAGCACACCAAAUGGUGCCUCUGUUUCCCACCGCCCAUCUCCGAUGUCAAUGUCAAUGAGCCCAUUGCCUUCGCCUGGAAUGCUGCAUUCUCGAGAGAGCAGCUACUCCACUCUUAAUCAAAUCAAGGGCCUCGAAUCACCGAAGCCAGUGUCCUACAGCAGAGAUACGAGUCCAUACGAGACUGAGAAGCCGAAGUCCGGCCUCAGCCGCUCGCUCUCUCUUGGUGUUCGCUCGGGUCCUGGACAUCGCAGUCGUCGUGGUCGUCACAACCCAACAGAAGCGGCCGUUGAUGAGCAGGAGAACGAGAGCUCUAGCGAGUCCAAUAGUCACGAUGAGGAAAGCAGUGAUGAGGACAGAGCCCACAGCAUCUAUGGCGAUGAUGAGUACACUAUCACACCUGCGGAGGUGGAGCAGGGUCGUCAACAGCAGCAAAUUGGAUCGGCGUUGCCUUCGCCCACGCGUCGCCUCAGCGAGGAGUCCACGCAUGCCAGAUUCCUCAUUCCCCCUACCAGCCCUGGAACACCCAAAGCCACACCCGAUCAGCUUCUGCUGCCCCCUUCCAAGCCAUUUUCCGAGUCCAACCGUUACAGCAGCGCGUCUGUUCUUUCGCUGGACUCCGUCGUGGGUGAUAAGAAAGACUUUAAGCUCCAGAAGGUCGAUCCGUUCUUCACUGAUGGCACUGGUGAAUACUAUCAUGAUUUCGAGGCCAGACUCAAAGAUCUCAAUGGGUCUAAUUCCGAAGCUGAUCUCUGCAUUGAAGAAUUCUUGAUCAAGAGUGAACAAGAAUGGUUCGAUCGAUUCCGCAAUGCAAAACUGGGUCGCCGUAACCCCAAGUCACCGACCCCGUCUGUGUUCCGUGGAAGACAUAACGCUUCACCGGCUGCAGAGUCUUACAACGAUGAGGCCCUCUCACAUAUCGCCCUCAGCGAAAGUGACAGUGAGGAUGACGAGUUCCUCCUCGGUAAAGAUUAUGUUCCCCCGACUGGUCUCAGGAAGUGGAUGCAGAUCAAGAUCGGCGACUGGCCGGUUUACUCGAUCUUCCUUGCCUUGGGUCAAAUCAUCGCCGCCAACUCUUACCAAAUCACUUUGCUUACCGGCGAAGUUGGUGAAAGUGCCGAGAAGCUCUAUGGUAUUGCCACCACAUAUGCCAUCACCUCUGUUUGCUGGUGGCUUGUGUACCGCUAUUUCAAGUCUGUUGUUUGUCUUUCAACUCCCUGGUUUUUCUACGGCCUUGCUUUCCUCCUGAUUGGAUCUGCUCAUUGGGAGGUCAGCUCGUUCAGUCGUGGCUGGAUUCAGAACAUCGGGAGUGGAUGCUACGCUGCUGCUUCUUCCAGUGGAUCCAUCUUCUUCGCAUCAAAUUUUGGUGACGAGGGCGGUGCCCCGGUUGAGACCUGGAUCUUCCGUGCCUGCCUCAUUCAAGGUAUCCAACAAGCCUACGUUAUUGGUCUUUGGUACUGGGGCUCGACCCUCACCAAGGCUUCCAGCGACGGCCUGUUGAACUCCGACACCAUGAUAUCCAACACCUGGAAGAUGUCUGCCAUUUGCUAUCCUAUCGCCGUUUUCCUUUGGGGCAUUGGUCUCCUUCUGGUGUUCGGUCUGCCAAACUACUACCGUCAAAAGCCCGGCAAGGUCCCGUCAUUCUACAAGUCUCUUUUCCGUCGAAAAAUCGUCCUUUGGAACUUCGUCGCUGUCAUUCUUCAGAACUUCUUCCUCAGUGCGCCAUAUGGCCGUAAUUGGAGCUUCUUGUGGGGCUCUUCUCAUGCCCACGCCUGGCAAAUUGUCAUUUUGUGUAUUAUCUUCUUCGGCGUCGUCUGGUGUGUCUUCCUCUACGUCGUCAGCAGAUUCUCCAAGAAGCACAGUUGGUUCCUUCCCGUCUUCGCGUGUGGUUUGGGCGCACCUCGCUUCAUCCAAAUCUGGUGGGGUAUCUCAGGCAUCGGCUAUUACCUCCCUUGGGUAGCCGGCGGAUACACCGGAGGUGCUCUCGCAUCCCGCAGUCUUUGGCUGUGGCUAGGAGUAUUGGAUUCCAUCCAAGGAGUUGGGUUCGGUGUCAUUCUUCUUCAAACUCUGACACGAGUCCACAUGUGUUUUGCACUCAUUGCCUCACAAGUUCUUGGCUCUAUUGCAACAAUCUGCGCUCGCGCAUUUGGACCUAAUAAUGUCGGGCCGGGCCCGAUCAGUCCGGAUAUGACAAAGGGUGCCGGUGAACUGGCAAACGCUUGGUUCUGGGUUUCCCUAAGCUGUCAACUUCUGAUAUGCGCCGGUUUCUUGUUAUUCUUCCGCAAAGAGCAACUUUCCAAGCCAUAG